AUGGCCGACACGGAUCCUGUCUUGAUUCCUGGCGACAAGUCAGACGUGCCCUCUCUCGCAGAAAGCGAUGGCGCCGACAUGCCCGAACUCGACGGGACGCACUCCCCGACCUCGUCGCCUCCUGAACCCGGCGUGACGGACACUCCCAACCUGGGCCCGACAACGCCUAGCUUUGGGAGUCCUAAGCUGUCCCGAAACAACUCGUUCUCGGGCAGCAGCUCCUACCAGGAGGACUGGGAGGCCUUCCCUCCCCUCGACAGGCUCAGCGUGCUCGACAUCCUCGACAAUUUUGCCCUCCCGCACCAGCUCGAGAAGCUGCAGAGGGGCCUGUCGGCCCAGACCAAAAAGGUGCGCAAGGGCGGAGAGGUCUUCAAGGAGCGGAGCCAGAUGGCCCGGGAGCGCAUGGUCGACGAAUGGAGGCGGCGUGUGCCCUCGGCCGAGGAGCAGCUGGACCGGUACCGGAAGCGGAUGCGCACGAGCGUCGACAAGCUGGGCAAGCAGUGGAAUGACACCAAGGUCAUCACGAUGCGGGAGAAGAUCUCGUUCAUCUGCGGCGUCCUGAACAUCUUCCUCACGGGCUACCUGAUCGGGGCCUAUCCCGAGUACAUGCACCUCUGGUACUCGGUGCAGAUCCUCUACUUCAUGCCCAUCCGGUUCUACACAUACCACAAGAGGGGUUACCACUACUUCCUGGCCGACCUCUGCUACUUUGUCAACUUUGUCCUGAUGGCAAGCCUGUGGGCCUUUCCCGGCUCGAAGCGGCUGUUCAUAUCGGCCUUCUGCCUCGCCUUUGGCAACAAUGCCGUCGCCAUCAUCAUGUGGAGGAACUCGCUGGUCUUCCACAGCUUCGACAAGGUCACAUCGCUCUUCAUCCACAUCAUGCCCUGUGCCACCCUGCACUGCCUGGUUCACCUAAUCGACGUCGAGCUUCAGCGUGAACGCUUCCCCGCCAUCUACGUCAUCAAGCACUCGCCGCCGGGCUCGCCUACGGCUUAUGCGAACAUCGUCUCCAUGCUCGCCUGGAGCACAGUCCCCUAUGCCGUCUGGCAGCUCGCGUAUUACUUCCUCAUCACGGUCCGCAGACGUGAGAAGAUCGCGGCGGGCAGGCCGACGUCCUUCACCUGGCUGCGCAAGUCUUAUUCCAAGGCCUGGAUCGGCAAGCUUGUGCUCUCGCUGCCGGACAGCCUGCAGGAGUCUGCAUUUAUGCUGAUUCAAUAUUCCUACGCCGUCUUGACCAUGCUGCCGUGUCCGCUGUGGUUCUACAGCCGCUGGGCCUCUGCCGUUUUCCUGAUGGUGGUCUUCGUCUGGUCCGUGUACAACGGUGCGACAUACUACAUUGACGUGUUUGGCAAGCGCUUCCAGAGGGAGCUGGAGGUCCUGAAGGCCGAGGUUGCCAAGUGGCACGUCAGUCCUGACGGGACUCUGAGCCCGUCGAUGACACCACUCGCAGAGCCAGGAGUGGCAGGGGCCAAGGAAGCUGGUGCUGGUGUGUACACCACCGAGCCGCUGGCCCAUAUUGACAGUAUUCCGCUGCUCAAUGAAGAGCGAGUCAAUCAAAUUGUUGCUGCCCAUUCAAGUGGUGUGGACACCGAUGGGGGUGCAAGGGAUGUGGCGAGGGAAAGGAAGGUCGGUGAAGACUCGUGA